AUGGAAACAAUCGGGGAUGUUGGAGAAAAGGAUGAGCCCCCACUUAGCAAGGCCGGGCAGGAUGUGGUUUUGCGUCUGCCCACAGACGAGCUGAUUCUGGAUGGCCGCGAGAGCACAGACGACCAUGCCAUCGUCCAGUAUGCGUGGGCGCUGCUGCAGGGUGACCCGGCCGUGGACAUGAAGGUGCCUCAGUCGGGAACCCUGAAGCUGUCCCACUUGCAGGAGGGAACGUACACCUUUCAGCUCACUGUGACGGACACUGCCGGCCAGCGGAGCUCCGACAACGUCUCGGUGACAGUGCUGCCCCCGGCCUUCUCCACGGGAGGAUGCUUGAAGGUCUGCUCACGCUACCACUUCUUCUGUGACGACGGCUGCUGCAUUGACAUCACGCUGGCCUGCGACGGAGUAGAGCAGUGUUCUGACGGGUCUGACGAAGCUUUCUGUCGAAACUUGAGCCCUGAACGAAAGACAGUGACUCACACGGCCACUGCGCAGCCUAGAACCACAGGACCAAGCAAAGAGGCAACAGGGGGCUUCUCGGCAGAGAAGUCUCAGAAAGCCACUGAUCCAAACCUGCCACCUGUGUUACCAGACACAGAGAAGAGGAAUCAUUCCACCUUUUGGGGACCAAAGAUUCAAACUGACCCUGUGAUGCCAGAUAGUGGCUCCUCAGGGAAGAAUGGAAAAGAGGAAAAUUAUAUUUUUGAGUCAAAGAGCGAUCCAAGAGGAGAAGAACACCCUGCCCCAGAAAUAGGUGCGGUGCUGCCCCUGACCCUGGGCUUGGCCAUCGCGGCGCUGCUGCUCCUCAUGGCCGCCUGCCGACUGCGCCUGCUGAAGCAGAAGCUGAAAAAAGCUCGUCCCAUCACAUCCGAGGAAUCCGACUACCUCAUCAACGGGAUGUAUCUCUAAGUGUAACUUAAGUAGCUGGGGCAAGGACGUGUUUCACUCGUAUCUUAUCCAUAUAUUGCGUUUGGGAUAUUUAGAAUUUGUUUUUAACUGGGCUAAGAAAGGUAUGGAAAACCCAGAAGGCUCUACAAGCCCAAACCUUUGUUCUUAUUUACUAUAGAAAGAUUUUCCUUGGGCAGUAUGUGGAAUGUUUUGAAAUUUAGAGGAGUCCAUACGGUUAAACAUAAAUCUAAUUCUGAUUUACAUAAGCUGCCCCUGAAAAUAGAAAUUUGUAGUUAGCCAAGGCAGAAAACUUAGUAUCUCAAGAGAUGGGCUCAGACAGCAGUGCUAACGACCCUUUACUUUUUAGAAGCCACGGGCCCCUGGCCAGCCCGGACCACCCCGUGCACAGCUUCCCCUGUUCUGUGGCCCUCCUGUCCCUCACUUGAUGCUUGCACAGCUCUCCUUUCUCUUCUCCCCUUCAAAACCUGUUUCUGAGAAUGGAUCUCAAGCGAGCUUACCUUCAGUGAGAUGUUACCUGUGUCAGGAAUAUCUAAAUUAUAAACCUUAAGAACAGGUGGGUGACGUCUCAGGGAAGGUGAAUGUGUGUUCUUUCCAUCGCCGCUGACAUCAAGUCAUGUAGGCGGCUGCCUCGUUAGGCUGGCCUUUGGCAGGAAAAACACACUGAACUACAAAUAGCUCUGACACGGUCAUGAAGUGAUGCAGGAAAUCAAGGUGGAAGCGGAGAACCUGGCAGGUCAAAAAAUCUUAACAGUAACUUAGCUGAGGGCCACGCGAGCCAGGAGGACUAUCGCUGCUUUCCCGAGUCUACCCCACACUGCUUGAUGAUCCAGGACACAGCAGCUCAUUUUUAUAGUCACCAGUUCUCAGCAUCAGUCUGUGCUGGGGGGAGAGGAAAAUGCAUUUACAUUGAGAAGUGGAACAGUGAGUGGAGUUCUGGGUGCCACUUUGGUUCAAAUGUCACAUGUCUGUGUAUCAGCAGGUUCUUUCAUCCACUGGAAUGAGUUUUCCCCAUUAUUUAUUUAAUGCUAUAAAAUGUUAUAAUGUGCAGUCAGCUAAUGCCAGGCUAUGUAUUCCCAGAACAUAAAGCAGUUUUGCACAAAUUCAUCUUUACAGAAAACUGGCAUCUAGUUUAGCAUCUUUUUUUUUUUUUGGAUAGGAUUUUAAAGGCAAAUUAUUCCCAUCAUCACCUAAUGCCAGAAUUGUACAUUUUCUAGAAAUUCUUCUUCUGAGUGGACUAUAUAGUUUGGUGCCUGUCUACACUCACAUGAUGUCACUACUUGCAUAUUUUUUUGUGUUUGUUUUUUAUCAUAAGUGGCAAAUCUUUUAAAAUUCUGGAAAACACUCUAGGACACAUUUGCAGACUGAGCCUGAGAUAGGAUAUUCCUUUAGCAAAGAGCUUAAUUUGGGUUGGAGAUAUAACCGAAUAUGUUAACAAAUGGGAAGUUAGUUCCAGAAAAACAGAGAAAUUAGUUAUUUUCAGUUCCUGAAAAGUUCACGCAUUUUAUUGAAAGUUUAGAAUUGAGCAAAGAUUUAAAAUUUUCAAGGGCAGUUCAGAGAAAUGGCUGUGAAUGAACUUACGAUGUUUGUACUCUGCUGCUGCUGUGCCCUUUGCCUGUCUCUGGAAGGAUGUCACCUAUAGCCAUACCCAAUAAAAUGAAAACUGUUGAGUCA